AUGUCGAUAUCCUACGGGCGGUUGCUCAUCGUGGGACGGGAGGGUGCUCCGGAAGUCGAGUUCCCUCUGGACAAGAAACUCGUUCUCAUUGGAAGGGAUCAGUCCUGUGAUAUCUGGAUUCGGAACCGCACCAUCUCGAGGAAGCAUGCCGAGGUCUUUGUAGACGAUGCCGGGGCGGUGUUCAUCAACAGCCUGGGGCAGGACCCGGUGUGCCUGAACUCCCAGCCGGUGACCAGCCCUCAGGAGCUGUUCUCCGGCGAUAGGAUUGAGGUGCGGCUGGAUGACCGCACCCGCACCUUCUUCUUCCAGGGCGACGAAGAGACCAUCAAGGUGCAGGCACCCACGCGGGCCCUGCAGCAGGCCAACCGCGCCGUGCCCCAAGCCGCCCGGGCCAGUCCCAAGCCUGCGUCAGCCCGCAAGCGCACCCGCGCCUCUUUGGGCCCUUCAGGAAAGGAGGACGUGGCGCCGGCCUCCCCAGGCAGGGGCCCAGGCCCCGCCAAGCGAAGGGGGCUGAGGAAAGCUGCUGGGUCCGCACAGGCGGACGUCCAGGCAGCGAGCGACGCCGGCCCGCCGGCGCUCUUGCCAGAGACGGCGCCCGGCGCGGAGCCCGCCGUGCCAGCUCAAGGUACCCGAGAUGCGGGACUGAAGUCGCCGCGCCAGCCCGGCGCCGCCAGUUCCCCGCUCAUGACGCUGAAGACGGGGAGGAAGACGCCCAAGUCCACGGUCCGGCGCAAGAGCGUGCGCUUCCAGGCGGAGGCCGGAGGGACGCCGGAGGGCGCCCCUGCCGACGUCACCAUUACGCUGCACCUGCGCCGGGGGGGGCUGGUCCGGGCCGUGGAUGUGGACGGCGCCCUCGACACCCUGGCGUUCUCCGAGUGGGGCCUGGGCAGCAUGCCGGCCGAGGGGCGCGGUGCGGGGGCUGGCCGCUCGGUGGUCGAGGCGGGCGCUGCUGGAGGUGAUGGCUCUGAGGAGGGCCUGCCUGCCUUCGAGGACGGCCAGCCUGAAGCUGGUGAGGGUCGGGUUCCACCCGGCGCCCUGACCGCCGCCGGCAAUCAGCCGGGCGAGGCCCUGCUAGCCCUUACCUUCCCAGCCUCGGCCAGCUCAGGCAACAACGAAACCGGCACGGUCGCCGAUCCGGCGUCCGUGCUCUCUCCGAGCGACCCGAUCUGGACCUCAGGGGCCCCCUCACAGACCCCCGCGACGCAGCUCCGGCGCUUGCUCCCCGGCACCCUGCCCACGCCGGGGUCCCGCUUCUCCUUCGGCACGCCCACGCCCCUGAGGGCCGCCAGCGGAUCACCCCUGACAGCAGGCGAUGCGACGCCGGGAAGGUCGUCCGUCGUGCAGCCGGCCGCCGCGACGCCGGCAAGGUCGUCCGUCGUGCAGCCGGCCGCCGCGACGCCGGCAAGGUCGUCCGUCGUGCAGCCGGCCGCCGCGACGCCGGCGGCAGUCAUGCCAGGGGGGCUCCAAGCGCCGGCCCCCACGCCCGCCACGGGCCGGGCGCCCGGGACCGCGGCACGCUCCGGAGGCAGGCUGGACGCUGCGGCCGUGGCAGAAGCCCUGGCCGGGGUGAUCGGCAGCGGGGACGUGACGGUGCACAUGCCGGCGAGCCUGCUGACGCCUCGCACGGGUGUGCAGGGGCAGGCCUACGCCCUGACCAUCACCCCCCUGCCGGCGACGGUCACCUCCCACGCCGCGCAGCCCAGCACGGCCCGCGCCCGCAGCCGCCUGUCUCUGGGAGUCGCACAGAGGGCGUUGGACGUCACCGAGGAGGUCAUGAGCGUGCAGCAGAUGGGAGAGGGCCAGGGUUCCCCGCCCGCCACCGUGGCAGCGACGGCCGCCUCGACGCCAAAGGGCGAGUCGAGCGCUGCGACGUCGGAGGCCGCCGCACAACCCUCGCCGCUGCUGGCCCCCCUGGUGCGGGCUUUGGAGUGGCAGCUGAGGCAGGCCGAGGGCGCCACCCGCGCCGCGAACGCGCGCGCUGAGCGCUUCAGGAAGACGGCCCGGGCGCUGGAGAGCGCGCUGCUCAGGGAGCGCAGCCGCCGGCUGCAGCUCGAGGCCGUGGUGCGUGCUGCGCUGGCGGCCGAGGUGGGAGCGGCAACGGCUGGUGACGAGGACGAGGCCAUGGAUGAGGUGGUUGCGGAUGAGGGCUCAGAGCCAGGGGUCGCUGAGGCACAGGAGGUGGACCCCCCAGCAGCACAGCAGCAGCGGGUGGUGGUGGUGGGCAGCACAGCUGUGCCGGAACCCUCGCACACUGUCCUGGCAGGAGCGGUGAGGGUGGUGCGGACCAGUCCGCCACUUGGAGUUCCCUCGGCCACGACGCCCACCGUCCGCACCCUGCCCGGCGCAGCGCGCGUCUGCAGGCCCGCGACCGGCCCCGCGGAUGCCCCCCCCGCCCCGCCCUCGACGGUGGUGGUGUUGCGGCCCACGCAGGGAGCGCCGCCCGCCUCUGCGGGCCCCUCCACCGUCUGGCGCCGCGGUGCGAGCAGCGCGCGUCGCUCGCUGGCGGGCGUCGCGGUGCCCGAGUGGCUGCACGGCGAAGAGGACGCCCUGUUCUACGCCUCGCUUUCCUCCCGCCUGGCGGAGCUGGGCGGGGACGUGUCGGGGGCCGAGGAGCCUGCCGGUGGAGCUGGGGUUCCUGCGGAGGUCGACGACGAGGUGGCUGCUGUGCAGGCGGAGGCCACGGUCGCGACCAUGGAGGAGGCUACUGUUGCGGUUGGGGAGGCCACCAGCGCGGCGCCUGCUCCCCCACGAGAGUCGGCAGAGCAGGGACCCGAUCCCGCGGCCAACUCAGGCUCGGAGGCCGGGGAGUUUUGCGCGGUCUGCGGCAGCAGCCAGGAGGGCGACGUCCUGCUGCUCUGCGACGCAUGCGACGCGGCGUGCCACCUGGCCUGCGCGCGCCCGCGCCUGCAGGCGGUGCCCUCGGGCGACUGGUUCUGCGGCGAGUGCAGCGCGGCCGAGGUGGCGGAGGAGGAGGCGAAGGGAGCGCGGAGCACGCCCGCAAGGGCGAGGAGGCGUGAGGAGGCGAAGCCAGCGGGGCGGAGGGGCAGGGGCGAGGCCGAGCCUACCGUGAGGAGCGCCGUCGCCAAGGCAGCCUCCCGGCGCAGUACGCGCUCCGAGGCGGGCAAGGACGAGGCGGAUACCGCACAGAAGCGGCGCACGCGCCGCGGCUGA